GUAUUAAAUUUGAAAUUAAAAUUAUUACAAAGGUGUUCUUGCCUUGAAUACCCCUUCUCUUUUUCUGUAUAAUCUAGUAGGGUCUUCAGAAUCGAAUGAAAUAGUACCCAAAGCAAGCUUACUGAAUACAGAAGACUACAGUCAGUUAAGGUCAUCCCAGAUAAAUAUACGAAAUUUAUUUGCUAAUUAUUAGAUUUUUUUUUAUAAACUUGUGGAACAAAAAUGAUUAGUUGGCUGAUUGGAGGCAUUACUACAAUUUUUUUAUACAUUUUAUUUUUUUACAAAAUUAACUAUAUUAAGAGAUUAAAAAACAUUAACCAGAGUAGAAUUUACUUAAGUGAUCGUGAAAUCAGUGAACUUCCACCGAUUUAUCCAAAUGGAUGGUAUGCACUUUUGGAAAGCUCAGAGUUAGCAAAAGGUCAAGCUAAGCAUGUGAGUGCUCUUGGUGAAAAUUUCGCAGUAUUUAGAACAGAAAAAGGCAAUGUUAAUGUUAUUGAUGCUUACUGUCCACAUUUGGGAGCUAAUUUAGCAAAAGGAGGCAAAGUCAUCAACGACUGUUUAGAAUGUCCAUUUCAUAAUUGGACAUUUAGCGGUGAUGGAAAAUGUCAAAGUAUUCCGUACUCUAAAACUGAUCCCUCGAAAAUAAAAAUGAAAUCAUGGACCUGUCGUGAAGUUAAUAAACUAAUAUUUGUUUGGUAUCACGCUGAAUUAGCCGAUCCUGAGUAUGAAAUCGAAUCAAUACCACAAAUCGAAGAUGGUUCUUGGCAGUGUCAUGGACGAAAUGAAUUCCAUGUUACUUGUCACAUUCAAGAUUUAUCUGAAAAUGGUGCAGACUGGGCACAUUUGAGCGUAGUCCAUGGACCCACAAAAUUUAUGGGAAUGUUGCCAAGAAGUAUUGUUCAUCAUUCGUGGACUGGAGUUGGUUGGCAAUCUAAUGCCCCAUCAGAUUAUAAUGACGAACCUGACCAUAAUGAUAAUUAUCAAGGCAUAUUAGAAAAUGGCAAAGUUCGCGUUAGAAAUAAUAAGAUUAAAAAACACUGUGGGACAAUAAACUUACAUCAUAAAUUGUUAAUAUUAAAUAAAUUUAAAAUUUUGAAUUUGAAUGUUCACGGUCAGCAAGUAGGCCCAGGUUAUGUAGAAUUAUUUAUGGAUACUGCAUUAGGUCCGGUUUGCGUUAUUCAUGUUGUCGUCCCAUUGGGGCCAUUUUUGCAACGCACAAUUCAUUUAAUUUAUUCAUCAACUUUAAUCAGCCCUUACACAAAAAUGAUAUUCAUUGGUGAGUGUGCUAUGUUUGAACGUGAUGUUGAAGUUUGGAAUUAUAAAAAAUUUAUAAAAAACGCUAAACUGGUUAAUGAAGAUCGUAGCAUUGCAGUUUAUAGGCGGUGGUAUAAGCAAUUUUAUACGGCCCAUAGUCCCCUUUAUCAGUCUGCUCGAUCGAUAGAAUGGUAACAAAGAUUACUGUUUCUAUUCUUUUUUUUUCUCGGUAAAAAAAAAGGCUCACAUAUCGCUUUACUAAUUCCAAAUAAACUUAUAUUUUUAUAUGCCCUUAUUCCUGAAACCAAAAGGGCCUAUAAUUUUUUUCUAUUGACAAUCUUUUGUAGACUUGUUUUAACUUGAACAUGAAAAAAAAAAAAAUUUCUAAAAAAAAGGGAAGUUAUUGGUUUCCCGUCCGAUUUUCGAAAACCGAGUUUUCAACAGAUCUCGACGUUUUGAGGCCCUAGGAAGCCAUUCUGACUAUUUUCAGGAGGAUGUCUGAGUGUAUGCAUGUACGUACGUAGGUAAAUAUUCUAUAACAUUUGAACGGAUGAACCGAUUUGGCCUUUUGCGGCUGCGUUUGAAGCGACUUAUUAAUUCCAACAAUUUGUGAGAAAUUGAACAUAAUCGGUACAAUAUAUUCGGAAAUAUUCCAGAAAUAAAAUUUUUCAAAAAUUUUUUUUCGGAUAACUUGUAAUGUACUCAAUUGAUUGAUUCCUAAAUCUAUUCAGCCUUAUAACUAUGGAAGCCGCGUCGAAUGCCACCUAAACCAUCAAAAUCGAUUCAAUAUAGUUGAAGAGAAACUGUUGUCAAAAGAAUUGCGAAACAAUGUUUUUUUCUAAUAAGUCCGAAAUAUUAAGUUUAUUGGGAAAAGUUUUUUUAAUGUCAAAGCCCAAAAAAUUACGCCAAAUACCAUUUGGCCCUCAAAAUCGGUUCAUUAUUCCCAAAGAUAUUGCUGAUAUAUAAUAAAAAAAACAAUGAUAUAUUUACAUUUGUCAUCGUUUAUUACUUGAAUUUUCGCAACAGAAGGUUUGACAUUACUAUUUUCGAAGAACUCGAAAAUAGCGGUAACUUUUGGGGCUGGCCCACAGGGUCAGGCGAUUUUUAGUUUUUUUUCUGCAUUAAAAUAGGUCUCAGAAACGAAUGUUAGAAAAUAAACUAUACACCUUCUUGACUUUAGGAGCUCCCUAAAGCCAAAAGAGCAUAUAAAAAUAUAAGUCCUUUUGGAAUUCGUAAGGCGAUAAAAUUACCAUGAAUAAUUAUUUGAUUAAGUUCAUUUUAAUCAAGAAAAAAAAUAUUAUAUUUUUUUUAUAAAUUCUCAUCAAAUAAAAAGUAAUACGUAAUAAUUAUCAUUAACAAUACUGUUGAUACUACAGAUGAUUCUAGGUAAUUCUGAAAAAGAAAACUAAUAAUAAUUAUUAUAUUUUGGAAUUAUUACUAAUAAUUAGUUAUUAAUUAAUAAUUAGACAUAGUAAUAUCUAACCAGGUUAUA